AUGUUACAUUUAUCAGCAUUGUUACACCACUAUCCUUACACAUUCUUCAUCCUGGUUACACUCUUUCGCAGGCACUUCGCGGACAGGCGGUCGUUCUUCGCCUCAUACUGCACCCUCGAACGCGUGCUGCUGCUCGUCCUGCUCUGCGCCUUUGCCUUCAACAUCAUCCCAAGACCUAACUUCAGGCGAGGUUUGGAAGAUAAGGACACCUUUCCUGGCCUCCGAACCUCCUCCUCAGACUCGGGCGAGAAAGCCAAAGCCGAGCCUGAGCAAGAGGAUCGGGUGUAUGACUGGGUGAAUGGCGAAUUUAAGUCGCGAUCAGGCUCGGAGGAGGAUGAGUACGAGGAGGAAGGAGACGAAGGCGAGGAACUGAGUAGGAUAGGAGAGAAAUGGGUCGAUGUGGCAAGAAGACGGAGGGAGAAGGGAGGAGGCGGAGAGUUACGUGGAUGGGGAGAAGGAGAACAUGAAGUGGAGUCGGAGGGGGGGGGGUAUCUGGGGAAGAAGAGGGGGAAGAAAGGGAGAGGGAGGGGGAAGAAGAAGCGGCGACUGCCAAACGAGAAGCUGAGGAAGCAGCAUGAGGAGGAGCAGCGGCACAGAGUGAGAGGAGGGGGUGCAGGAGGAGGAGGGGAUGGAGUGGAAGGGGAUGAAUCUGGUGAGGGGGUGGGAGGCGGAUUGGAGGGCGGAUCGUUAAGCAGUGAUGGUAGUUUUCACGGCCCUGGGGGGGAGGUCUGGGGGGCGGAUGAUUAUGGGGGAAAGUGGGGGUUCGGUGGGGGGAGAGAGGAGGUGGGUUUGGAGAGUGUGAGAGAGGAGGAUUUGCAGGGGGAGAGUGAGGAGGAGAGGGAGGAGAGGAGGGUGUUGGAGGAGGAUGGGCUGCCCACUCUGCAGGAGGGGGGUGGGGGAGUGUGGAGUGAGAAGGAGAGAAGACUGUGGGAACAGGUGAGAGAUGGGGCUGAGGGAGGUGAUGGGGCUGGGGGGAUUGAUGAGGCUGGAGGGAUUGAUGAGGCUGGGGGGAUUGAUGAGGCUGGGGGGAUUGAUGAGGCUGGGGGGAUUGAUGAGGCUGGGGGGAUAAAUGAGGCUGGGAGGAUUGAUGAGGCUGGGGACUUUGAUAUAAUGUGGCUGGGCAAUAAAUGA